UAAACAAUUUCUUAUUUUCUACUUUCAAGAUCACGCAUAAAUUUUCUCUAACCUUAAAAGAGAGAUAGCACGUGAUGUUUAAACAGACAAUGGUGGGGAUUGAGCCAAACGCUAUCCAUGCACUACCUCGGAAGCAGUAGCAUGGAUAGCGCGCGUUUAUGACGUCAAACGCUACGGACAGUGACGUCAUCAUAAUUUUGAUAGCGCUAUCCAGCGUCUCCGCGAACAGCGGUAGUGCUACGUAGCGCUAAUAGUGAGCUCUCCGAACGCACCCCAUGUAUGAGGACCUUUAAGAACAGAAUUUGCGAAUACGUUUCUCUUGCGAAUGAAUUCAAGAAUCGAGCCCCAGUUAUAACGCUCAUAACAACCGCGGAAUCAUCUCGUCCUUGUUUAUCAAAUAUUAAACAAUGACAAAUGAUACUCGCGAGCGUGUGAGCGUUAAGUGGAACGCACCCAUCAUAUUACGUUCUCUAGGAUACAUGCGAGAUAAGGAUGAUAGCGAGUGAAAUAUUGGUGAAUGUUCUGACACUCAAUUGUUGGGGCAUACCAUAUGUUUCAAGAGACAGGAACACACGUAUAUCCGCUAUUGCGGAUAAGUGUGCCAGUGGGGAAUAUGAUAUAAUUUGUCUGCAAGAAGUUUGGUCUGUUGAUGAUUUCAAGCUGAUUAAAACAAAAGCACAAGAAACGCUUUCUUAUUCACAUUAUUUUCACAGUGGAGUCUUCGGAUCAGGAAUAUGUAUUUUGUCACGAUAUCCCAUUCAUGAUGUUGUGUUUCACAAGUGGCCCUUGAAUGGUUAUGUUCAUAAGAUACAUCAUGGAGAUUGGUUUGGCGGCAAAGGAGUCGGGCUUUGUAAAAUAAGAAUUUGCAACAUGAAUAUUAAUGUUUAUAUCACACAUUUACACGCGGAAUAUAAUCAUGAGAAUGACGAAUAUAUGGCUCAUAGAGUGCUCCAAGCGUUUGAUACUGCUCAGUUCGUAAAGAUGACAAGUGGUGGCACGGAUGCCGUCAUAUUAGUUGGUGAUCUUAAUACGGAACCGCAAGACUUAGCAUAUAAAAUUAUACGUGGUGUUGCGAGUUUAACGGACACGUGUCCUAAUAGCGCGAGCCAUAUAGGGACCAACGAAUGUGCCAAUAAUAGUUAUACCAGCUCAAAACUUGCUCGGACGCAGCCAGAUGGGAAGCGUAUAGAUCACAUCAUGUAUUUAGGUUCAAAAACUGUCAAGGUUGAAGUUACAAACUUUCAACAUCCCUUGCCAAAUCGUGUACCAUAUAAGAAUUUUAGUUAUUCUGACCAUGAAGCUGUAAUGGCUACACUUAAAUUCACUAAUGAUGAACAUGUUAAAAACAAUCUAGAUAUUACUGAUUCCUUGAAAGAAGCAAUAGUAAUCUGCGAAGACGCAUUAAAAAGUGUACAACGUCAACGUUUCUGGUACGCGUUGUCAGCCUGUAUACUGAUUAUUCCAUUAAUUUGGUCUAUCUGGUUAAAUUGCAUGAACAUGUCGUUAGCUAUAGACAUUGGUUUAAAUAUAGUAUGUAUUUUUCUAACUGCAAUAUUAUGUUACACUCUGUUUAUGAGUUCGAUAUGGAAUAGCGUAGAAAAGAAUGCUUUAAAAGCAGGACGUUUAGCUAUAGAAAUUUACAUGGCACAAUUGAAUGAUGAUCCAAGUUAAAGCUGAAUGUCAAAUGAUUCAGAUAUUCCAAAAAAGAAUUUAACAUAAUGCAAAAGCUGGUUAAGCUCAAAUAAAAAUUUCGUUAAAUAAACGAUAUAUAUUUAACAUAUACAAUUCUACAUAUAUAAAUUUUUAGAAAAUGGUUGUUUUAAAUUUAUAUUUAAGUCUUAUAUAGACUACGUUUACACGUCACGCUUACUCUGGUUUAAUAAUUGCUGUAGUUCUUAAGCGAGCCAAUUGCAGCCAUUAUAAAAGUAGAACAAUUAUGAUUAGUCUGCUUAUGAACUAUGGUAGUUAUUAAACUCGAUUAAGGAUGACGUGUAAAUAUAAUAUGUAAAUUCAAUAAUAAGAAUAUGACAUAGCCAUAUUCUUAUUAUUGAAUUUAACUCAGAAACAGUAUAGGUUGAGUUCAGGAAACAAUAUGAAUUUAAACUUUAAAACUGCAUUAUUCAUAAUGGAUGUUUUUAUCUCUUCAAUACAAAGAAAAUAAGCGAUCCCUGUUGGGCUUUAUAUUUUUCCUCUUCAAGACUGCAAGUGUGUUAGAUGGGUGUCUAGAAAUAGACAUCUAUAUAUAAUGGUUGACCAAUUGUAUGAAGUAUGCAUAUCAUUUUACAGGAAUCAACAUUGUGAUAAAAAUAUAUCUAAUCAUUUGCAUUUCAUUUAUGUGUAAUGUUGAAAAUAAAAUUUAGUUCUUCAAAGCUAA